UUGUGUGACGUAACAUGCGCGUUAAGCGUACCCUGCUUCCACCCCGUGGGUGUUAGGGUGGGCCAGGAGUCGGCGCGAUAGAUGAAGGAACAGAGCAGAGAGUUGAAAGAGAUGGAAGAGGGAUGCUGGGCCAGUUUAUACGAGAGCUUAGUUCACGCGAAUAUAAGCAACGUAUUUUAGUUUGUGUUGGACUACGGAGAGUUGAAGAUGCUCCCGGUUUGCGUCGAGGGAGGAGCAUCACCUCCGAUCACGGCGUCCACCACGUUAAUUAACAUACCGUUAAAUCGUGGUCCGCGAAUGUCACGUACGCGAGUUAAACUUAUGUCUAGUGCUUCUAACAUCAUCCUUUUACUGGUGACGUUGAUGGUUGUGCCUGGGAUUUCUGCGGCUGCACUGGAAAAAAUUUCCAUAGGGGCAAUUUUUGAACAAGGAACAGAUGAAGUUCAAUCAGCAUUCAAGUUUGCACUGGCUGUCCAUAAUCAGAAUAAUACAACCCGCCGCUUUGAUCUUCAAGCUUAUGUGGAUGUUAUUAAUACUGCUGAUGCAUUUAAGCUUUCACGAUUGAUUUGCAGUCAAUUCAGUCGAGGUGUGUUCUCAAUGGUGGGUGCUGUAAGUCCGGACUCAUUUGACACCCUUCACUCUUACAGCAACACCUUUCAAAUGCCUUUCGUCACGCCAUGGUUCCCGGAGAAGGUCCUGACACCGUCUUCAGGUUUUCUUGACUUUGCCAUAAGCAUGCGCCCAGAUUACCAUCGUGCCAUCAUCGACACAGUACGACACUAUGGCUGGAAGAAAAUCAUCUACCUCUACGACUCCCAUGACGGAUUAUUGAGACUUCAGCAAAUUUAUCAAGGAUUACGUCCAGGAAAUCAGUCCUUUCAAGUGGAGACAGUGAAAAGAAUACAAAAUAUCUCAGAUGCAAUUGACUUUUUACGAAAUUUGGAGGAUUUAAAUAGGUGGAGUUAUAAAUAUAUUGUGCUCGACUGCCCUACUGAUAUGGCCAAGGACAUUGUAGUCAGCCAUGUAAGAGAUAUUACUCUUGGAAGAAGGACUUAUCAUUACCUUCUAAGUGGCUUGAUAAUGGACGACCGAUGGGAAAGUGAAGUAAUCGAAUAUGGAGCUAUUAACAUCACUGGUUUCCGUAUCGUUGAUGCAAGUCGUCGACCAGUCAAAGAGUUCCUUGAUAGUUGGCGUCGUCUCGAUCCUAUGACCCUACCUGGUGCUGGUCGUGACUCAAUUUCCGCUCAAGCAGCAUUGAUGUAUGAUGCAGUAUUGGUAUUAGUCGAAGCAUUCAAUAAAUUUUUGAAGAAAAAAAUCGAUCGCAGCAAUCCUAAACGACCUGGAAUCCAGAGUAAUAAUCAGCCUACGAAUGUCUCUAGAACUUUGGAUUGCUAUGCUACUAACGGCUGGGACACACAUUGGGAGCAUGGUGAUAAAAUAUCGAAGUUCUUAAGAAAGGCUGAGAUUGAAGGGUUGACGGGACAAAUUCGAUUUAAUAAUGACAGUAGAAGAUAUAAUUAUACUCUUCAUGUCGUUGAAAUGACAGUGAAUAGUGCAAUGGUGAAGGUUGCUGAAUGGACAGAUGAAGCAGGUUUUCAACCAAUUGCUGCUAAAUAUAUACGACUACCAUCUCAGGAAAUAGAAAAAAAUAAGACUUACAUUGUAACAACAAUAGUGGAGGAACCAUACAUUAUGCUAAAAAAACAAGAACCUGGGAAAGUACUAGUUGGAAAUGACAGAUUCGAAGGGUAUUGUAAGGAUUUGGCGGAUUUGAUUGCAGAACAGCUUGGAAUAAAAUAUGAACUAAAAAUAGUGAGUGAUGGUAAAUACGGUUCAGAGAACCCUGAUGUACCAGGUGGCUGGGAUGGAAUGGUAGGAGAGCUCAUAAGAAAGGAAGCAGACAUUGCAAUAGCUUCAAUGACAAUUACAUCAGAAAGGGAACGAGUAAUUGACUUCAGUAAACCUUUUAUGUAUCUCGGAAUCAGCAUAAUGAUAAAGAAACCAGUGAAACAAAAGCCUGGAGUCUUUAGCUUUUUAAAUCCUCUCAGUAGAGAGAUCUGGGUCUGCGUAAUAUUUUCUUACAUAGGAGUUUCAAUUGUUCUCUUCAUCGUUUCUAGGUUCUCACCGUAUGAGUGGCGAGUUAUACAGACAAAUGUCGGUGGAGAUCCAGGAAUGGUUGGUAGGGGUGAUCCAAGCCUUCAACAUCCUCAUACUCCACAGUCAUCUCUUCAUGCGGCCAAUCCCUGUAUGGCCAAUGACUUUAGUAUUCUCAACAGCAUGUGGUUUUCUUUGGGAGCUUUCAUGCAACAAGGCUGUGAUAUUUCACCGCGUAACGGAUGUAACUGGAGGAACUGUUACAGAUCAAUGUCAGGGCGGAUUGUUGGUUGUGUUUGGUGGUUUUUUACACUCAUAAUCAUCUCGUCGUACACUGCCAACCUUGCAGCAUUUUUGACAGUUGAAAGAAUGGUGACACCUAUAAAUUCACCGGAAGAUCUUGCAUCACAGACAGAAGUUUUAUAUGGAACACUUCAUCAUGGAUCUACAUGGGACUUUUUUCGAAAGUCUCAAAUUAGUCUCUAUAGUAAGAUGUGGAGUUUCAUGAAUGCAAAGAAAAAAGAAGUUUUUGUGGAUACUUAUGAUGAAGGAAUUCGAAAAGUAAGACAAAGUAAAGGAAAAUAUGCAUUACUCAUUGAGAGUCCUAAAAAUGAAUACAUAAACGCAAGAGAGCCUUGUGAUACGAUGAAAGUUGGUAGGAAUUUGGAUGCUAAAGGAUUUGGAGUAGCAACUCCUAUUGGAUCCCCUUUAAGGGAUAAAAUAAAUUUAGCAGUUUUAGCUUUAACAGAAAGUGGAGCAUUAGAAAAACUGAGAAACGAAUGGUGGUAUGAUAGGGCAGAAUGUCAACAUAGAGAAAAACAGGAUGCAAGAAAUGAAUUAUCACUAAGUAACGUUGCAGGAAUAUUUUAUAUUCUCAUUGGAGGAUUGUUACUAGCUCUUGCUGUUGCUUUAUUGGAAUUUUGUUAUAAAUCUCACACUGAAGCUACCAGAGCAAAGAUUCCAUUGUCAGAUGCAAUGAAAGCUAAAGCACGAUUGACAAUUGGUGGUGGCCGAGACUUCGACAAUGGGCGGUGGUACGGACUGCAGAGUUAGACGGAGGAUGCAUGCGCCUUUUCCGGGACCAUAUUAUUACGCCCCGGCGAACGCGAUUGGGAACACCGAGGGCGACCAGGUGCGCAGCAAUACGCAUACGCAGGUAUAAGCCCUUGGUAUACAGCCAGUGACGAAACACCGGAACCAUCACCAUCAAUAUCAUUGCCAACACCACCACCACCUCCAAAAUCGGUUCCUCCACCACCACCUCCACCUCCAAGGCCUGCUCGAAGAAGUGUUACUUUUGCAGAAUCGCCACCUAAAAGUCCACGGAGUCCAAAAAGUCCACGAAGUCCUUGGAUUUUUAGGCGGAAAUCUAAUAUUACUACUCUUAAUGUAGCAGUGCCUUGGACACCGGCAACACCCAGUCACUGGGACAAUCGUAAGGCCGAAUAUAUUACGUAAAUACUUCAGAUAAUUUUUUCUAUUUUUCAGAAAACAGUCAAAAUUUUUGAAGGAAUUUACAUGCGGCUAAAAGGCUUGUAUCUGAAUAUCAUAUUCUUGGUAUUAUUUUCUUAAAUUUAUUUAUUUAUUAACUAUUUAAGAUGAAUGACAAAAGACUUAUCUUAAUCUUAAUCUUAAUUGAAUAAAUAUUGUACAAUUUUGUACUUAUAUUAAUGAUUAUGAUGUAUAUUGUUUUUGAUAUAUAUUUAUGAUAUAUUGAAGGAUAAUUCAAACCAAAGCGAUGUUCAUUAAUUAAACUUUAGUUUAAUUACAUAAAUAAAUGAAAGAAAUUAAUGCUGAGAAAUAAAAAGUUUAAAUUAAUAAAAAAUGUUUAUAUACUGUAAAUAAUAGGACGCAGAUCAAAUAAUAAUCAAAAGUAAUUUUGAACAUACUGAAAAAAAUUAAAAUGAUUAAACGAGAAAUAGUUAAUGAUGAUAUGGUCCUGGAAAUGGUACAUGUAAUACUGGACAAACUGAAACAUUUAACUGCCAAUUGAAUAUGAAUAAUACUUACAAUAAUGAAGUAUUAAAUGUAGUUUUAUGAUUAAUUAAAUAAACUCCAUAAUAAUUGAACUGAUGAACGAAAAAUCAAUAAAACAUUAAUAAAAAAAAAUAAAAUCACAUAUGUAACAUGAAAUUCGGUACAACUAAAAAUUUUUUUAUGCUGUGUUCAGAAUUUUAAGAACUGCGAAUUUUUAAACUAAUUAUUAACUACUUAAAAUAAGCGUGAAUGUAAUAUCGAUGUUUAUUAAAGAGUUUCGAGUGAAUGGGAAUAUUGAAUAAUAAUUUAAGUCUUAUUGAUAUGAGUGAGUAUGUUGAAGUAUCGAGAUAGAAUUAUUAUUAUAACUACUGUAUGCGUACAGUGAGAGAGAAAAUAAU